ACGAGGCUCGGCGCGCCCCUGAGAAUUUUUCUAUUUAAAUGACUUAAAACCUUCCUUUAGACUCUUGGCACCGGUAGAGGGAGGACAAUUACCCUGUGUUCCUGGGUGAGGUGCCCGGGCUCUGCUGGGCAGACCUGGAAUGUAACCGGCUGUGCGCUCUGACGCUCGAGGGAGGGGGCAACCGGAGAGGAUCCCCUGAGAUCCUGGGUAGGCCUGGAGGGCUGGAAGGGCUGAGGGGACCCGAGAGCACAGAGCCCAGGAGUCUCAGAACCCACACUUGGCCUUGCUGUCGCCUCUUGCUGCUCCACCUUCCCAGUUCCUUAGCAUCCUUCCUGGAGAGCUCAGCGUCAUGGACUGCAAUAAAGGAUGCUUGGCAGAAUGUAUGGCAGAAGGCGGACCCAUGGACGUGGUGGAGACGUUUCAGGCUAAAGAUCUGAUCAUCAGCCCGGCUACCACCUUAAAGGCAAAGCCAGACCCCAGUAAUCUAGUUUUUGGAACUGUCUUCACGGAUCAUAUGUUAACAGUGGAGUGGUCCUUGGAGACUGGGUGGGAGAAACCUCACAUCAAGCCACUUCAGAACCUGUCUCUCCACCCUGGCUCUUCAGCAUUGCACUAUGCAGUAGAGUUAUUUGAAGGAUUGAAGGCAUUUCGAGGAGUAGAUAAUAAAAUCCGACUGUUUCGGCCAAAGCUCAACAUGGACAGAAUGCACCGAUCAGCCAGGAGGGCCACUUUGCCGGGUUUUGAUCAGGAAGAGCUUCUAGAAUGCAUUAAACAACUUGUCAAACUAGAACAAGAUUGGGUCCCACAUUCAACGUCUGCAAGUCUGUACAUCCGCCCAACGUUCAUUGGAACGGAGCCUUCUCUCGGGGUCAAGAAGCCAAGCAAAGCCCUUAUCUUUGUCAUCUUGAGCCCCGUGGGACCUUAUUUUGCCAGUGGAACCUUUAAUCCAGUGUCGCUAUGGGCCAAUCCAAAGUAUAUCAGAGCCUGGAAAGGAGGCACUGGCGACUGCAAGAUGGGAGGGAACUAUGCAUCAUCUCUGUAUGCCCAAUGUGAAGCAGCAGAAAAUGGGUGCCAGCAGGUCCUGUGGCUUUACGGAGAAGAUAAUCAGAUCACUGAGGUUGGAACCAUGAAUCUCUUUCUCUACUGGAUCAAUGAAGACGGAGAAGAAGAGCUGGCGACCCCUCCGCUAGAUGGCAUUAUCCUCCCAGGAGUGACACGACAGAGUAUUCUGGACCUGGCACGCACAUGGGGUGAAUUUAAGGUGUCGGAGCGGUAUCUGACCAUGAGUGACUUGACUUCAGCCCUGAAGGGUGGCCGAGUACGGGAGAUGUUUGGCUCAGGGACAGCCUGUGUGGUCUGCCCAGUUUCUGAGAUCCUGUACAAGGACCAGACUCUCCACAUUCCCACCAUGGACAAUGGGCCGAAGCUUGCAAGCCGCAUCUUGAACAAGCUGAGCGAUAUUCAGUAUGGAAAAGAAGAGAGUGACUGGACUGAGUUGGUAUCCUGAGUACUCGGUGCGGGUGUCACCUAUAUGCUGCUGGAACAAACCAGACUGCUGCUUUGGACUUAGGCUAGAUUUCUGUGGUUCUGUGUUCAUAGCUGUGCUUUCACGUAACUUAUCUCCAGCCAAUGAUGGCUUCCCCGUGCAGGAGAAGAUGAACUGCAAUCCUCAAACGGUGUCUCACAAACUUAGUAGUAGAAACUCACCUUAACUUUUCUCUUGGAAUGAUUGAUAAUCAUCCAGGCCACAGAACUUAAAAUUUCCCUUUCUAAUCUAGUGCCCCCCCUUGUCUUUUAAGCACCAACAUCCAAAGGUCUGUUUGUUCAUUGGCAUAAAUUAUGUUCUGCUUUUCAACCAAACAAGUGUUUCUGGGUUUGCAACUUGGUUGGAGUAAAGUACAUAGGUAUC